GAGAUCAGGUGGAUCCGGCACCAGAUCUCUGAAACGGUGCACCUCUAUCGAAAUGGAGAGGAUGUGUACGGGGCACAGAUGGAAGAGUACAUUGGAAGGACAGAGUUGGCCAGAGAUGGUCUCUCCAGUGGAAUCCUGGACUUGCGGAUCACUGGGGUGAGACCCUUUGAUGACGGCCAGUACGUCUGCACUGUGCGAGAUGCUGACUCCUAUGGAGAAGCUCUGGUGGAGCUGGAGGUGGCAGCCGUGGGCUCUGUCCCUCACCUCUCUCUGGAGGCUCACCAGGACGGAGGCAUCCGGGUGGAGUGUCGCUCGGCCGGCUGGUACCCGCAACCGGAGGUGCUGUGGAGAGGUGCCGUCGGGCAGCAUCUCCCCUCGCUCUCCCAGAGACGUUCCUCUGAUGAGAGGGGCCUGGUGGAGAUCCGAGAUGUCAUCGUUGUGGGCGCCAGCGGAGACGGGGACUUGUCCUGCGUGGUGAGGAACAGCCGCCUCGGCCAGGAGCAGGCGUCGUCCCUGCACAUCUCAGCUCCCUUUUUCCACAAUGCCCAUCACUGGAUGGCAGCUCUGGGUGUGUUCCUCACGCUUUCAGUCCUGUCAACGGCCCUCAGUGCUUAUCUGUGGAGAAAGAAAA